GCAACUGCUCGCCGACGUCACACGUUUGUUCGCGUAGUUUGUGCUUUACGGAAAUGAGAUGACAAGCCCACUCGAUUUAUCACACAUAAACGGAUAACGAUUCCAGCGAAAAGGUUACGGUUCAGAUGAGGAAGGCCUGCCUGCUUGACCCCGAGCAUCACCCUCCGUUGCCAUGGCAACUUCCUAUUUCCCCCCGUUCUUCCUCAUCCUUGUACUGUCCACCCUCUUUCUCCUGCUUUUGAAACUGCAGCCCUCUGUUGCCCCCUCCACCGCUCCCUUGCAGUCAUCGUCCCCCUCCUGCGGUCCAGGGCAGUCCUGGGCGGUCCAUCUCCACCCUGGCCCACAUUUGAAGAAAAGGAGCUCUGUGGACCUUGAUGUCAUUGCCAACAGGGUGGCAGAGCAGGCUGGACUGGAGAAUCAGGGCCAGAUAGGACAGCUGGAAGGUCACUACCUGCUGUGUUCUGCAUCUGGGGGAAAUGGUGUCCAGCCAGGAGACAUUCUGGCAGCCCAUCCUCAUGUCCUCUGGCACUCCCAGGAGAGAGUCCUCAGCCGGAGCAAGAGAUCAGUGGCCUUCAAUGACCCCCGCUACCCCAAACAGUGGCACCUGCACAACGACAUCAAUAAAGGCAUGGACAUCAAUGUUACUGGUGUGUGGGAGCGUAACAUCACUGGCCAAGGAGUCACAGUGGUGGUGGUUGAUGAUGGAGUGGAACACACCCUCCAGGACAUACAGCCUAACUAUAGUCCAGAGGGCAGUUAUGACCUGAACUCCAACGACCCGGACCCCAUGCCCCACCCAGACGCCCACAGCGACAACCACCAUGGGACACGCUGUGCUGGGGAGAUUGCCGCCGUUCCCAACAACAGCUUCUGUGCUGUGGGGGUGGCCUACGGCAGCAAGGUGGCAGGUAUCAGAGUGCUGGAUGGCCCGCUGACAGACAGCAUGGAGGCCAUCGCCUUCAACAAGCACUACCAGGUCAAUGACGUCUACAGCUGCAGUUGGGGUCCAGAUGAUGAUGGACACACUGUUGACGGGCCACAUCCCCUGGGCAAGGCAGCGCUGCAGCAUGGCGUGAUCGCUGGCAGACGAGGCUUUGGCAGCAUCUUUGUGGUUGCAAGUGGCAAUGGAGGUCAAUACAAUGACAACUGCAAUUAUGACGGUUAUGCAAACUCCAUCUACACCAUCACUAUCGGGGCAGUGGAUGAGAAUGGCAGGAUGCCCUUCUAUGCUGAAGAGUGUGCGUCCAUGCUGGCGGUUACCUUCAGCAGUGGAGGGAACAGGAUGCGGAGCAUUGUGACGUCAGACUGGUCCAUGCAGAAGGGGACAGGCUGUACAGAUGGACACACGGGCACAUCGGCUGCCGCCCCCCUGGCAGCGGGCAUGGUGGCCCUCAUGCUGCAGGUGCGACCCUGCCUCACCUGGCGGGACGUCCAACACAUCAUCGCUUUCACCGCCACCAAGUGUGAUGCCAGUGCAGACUGGAAGGUGAAUGGAGCCGGUUUCCACCACAGUCACCAGCAUGGCUUCGGUGUUCUCAACGCGUGGAGACUUGUCAAUGCGGCCAAGGUAUGGGAGUCAGUGCCGUUCCUCGUGUCCUAUCAGAGUCCAGUACUGAGGGAGGAACAGCCUAUUAUGAUCUAUCCAGAAAAACUGAUCCGCACCUGGAACGUCACUGCUGCUGACCUGAGCCAGUCGGGCAUGCAGACGCUGGAGCAUGUUUCCGUUACCGUGACAAUAACACACCCCUGCCGCGGCAAUGUGGAGAUUGUCUUGGUCUGCCCCAGCGGCAUGACAUCACUCAUAGGGGCACGCCGCGCUAUCGACAGGGACUCUUCAGGCUACCAGGACUGGACUUUUUCCACUGUGCGCUGCUGGGGAGAAAGAGCCGAAGGCCAGUACCGCCUACAGAUAGUUGACCACAAAGAGCCGUCGUCCCAGCAGUGUGCUGACAUCGGGCUGCUGAAGCACUGGAAGCUGACCCUUUACGGCUCCUCUCUGACCUACAGCGAGGUCAAGGACAGACAGAGGCUGGUGGAGGAGGCUAUGAGUGGCCAGUAUCUGGAUAGCAGCUUCUCACUGCCCUGCCCUCCUGGCCUUGACGUCCCACCGGAGAUCAUCAACCCCUUCACCUCCAACAACCUCAAGUUUCUGCUGCUGCUGGGCUGCUUCGCUCUCUUCUGGUCCCUCUACUACACCCUGGAGGUCACCAUGGCCCACCUGGAGCUCAGGGACCUUCUCUGCCUGCGCAAGAGACGUAGAGGGCACCGGGCGAGAGGAGUAGAGGAGGCGGCGCCGGAGCACGAGGAGAAGGAGCGGGACUCUAGAAUCGAAUUGCAUUCAGUUGCGGACGUAGACACCAGACCGCUGCUCAUCAGUGAGGAGAGGCCAGGCACAUAGCACUUAGCCAGAAGAUGGACCACAGACCUCUCUCUGUCCAUGCUUAUGGAUGCUCUCAGGCUCUGACCCUUCCCUUCCCGCCUAAUAAAUUUUUUUACUACUUAUCCUUUCAACCCUUCUGCUGUCCUUGUGUCCCCAAAUCAAAUUUAACUGCGGCGAAAGGGCAAGAACUUGACUCAAGAUGAACUUGACUGUGACGAGUGGACUCUCUGUGUCCCUCUCAGUAUUCCCCAAACAUGUGGCCUUGCAUCAAGAUCAGUGUGUGUAUGUCUGUGCAUUGUCCUGGGUGAAAGGGAUGUCAGGUGUGUGUGUGUGUGUGUGUCCUUGUAUUUCUGUUCCUCUAGUUUUUAGUUCCACAGGGGCUGGUUUAAGGUUAGGACUUUGAUUUACUGUUAGGUUAGUUUUCAGUUACUGGAAGAGUCAAAGCUUAGGCAUGCACUGGAAAGGCGAUGCACAAGGAUGUUUCUGUGUGAGUGUGUGUGUGUGUGUGUGUGUGUGUGUGUGUUGGGGGGGGGGUGUACAUGCUUGUCUGUAGGCAUAUCUGUAAACAAAAAAGACUUGAGGUUUUCUGUUAGUGGGAAUCACUACUAGCAGGGUACAGACCUCUUUGAGUCCCUUAACUUAAGACGAUAAAGAUGCUAUGUGCACUAUAGAGAGAUAUCAAACUACUGUUGUGUGUGCGAGCUUGCGUUCCUGUGAGUGUGUGUUUGCUCAUAGUGUGUGAGGUCUUCCAUGAAAGAAUGUCUUGAAUGUGAGACUUCAAGAGAUUAUUGUUGCAUUUUAAUAAAAUAGAUUAUGUUUUCUGAGGUUUUAUUUGAGGCAUUUGACUUGCAAGUCGGGGGUUGUUGCAUUUGGGUUAUCAUUUUACUCCAGUACUUAAAAACUUGAAGUGGGAUUUUUUCAAGUGUUUUGUGGGGUUUGCAUAUGUAUUUUUUUUAAAAAUCAAUUGUAAUAUAUACUGUGUGUGCCUGUUGUACAGAUAUGCAUCAUUUGAUUUUAACGAUUUAUAAACUGUUUAAAGAAGGUAUUAAAGAGUUCUAAUUUUUUAUAUAAAGGACUGUUUGGAGUGAAAUUGGAAACUGUGUAUUGCUGUGCAAGUCACAGAUGAUCUGAACGAUAAUAAAAUACAGUUGGUGGAA